UAUAAAAUGUCUAAGGAGAUACGUCAACAAAACCAGACGGGAUGGUCAGAAACAAGAAAUGGUGGGAUCGAAGGCAAACGAUCAGGUGGUUUGGACAUCUCACACGUAUGGCACCUAACCAGCUUGCCAGUAAAGCCUACUACGAGAAAGUAUAGGGUACAGGGCGGAAGACCAAGAAUGACCUUGAUCCAGGGUGUGAAGGAUACCCUGAGAACAUACAGUAUCCAACCCAGCCAGGCCUUCAAACUUGCUAGAAAGAGGAACCUCUUUCUCUCCUCGACGCCCUAGAGGUACAAGAGGACGGAAAAAGUUAAGUAAGUAAGAUAACCUAGGUAAAAAACAACUUUUAUAGCUUACGGCUGAGGGAGGGCAGGGGAGUUGCCUAAAAUAUGCGAUUCACAGACCUCUUUCUUUGUUAAAGGCCUAUUAACCUAGUGGAGCUAAAUGCAUGUACAAGCGGCACUACAUUUUCUCAAGCCAUAACAGCAUUUAUGAGCAUCACCGUGGCAGCGAUUACCGCGCGUAAAGGUUUUCGCGCCCCGCGCCGGGCGAUAUGCGAAAAAAGGCACUGUUGUUAUGGAGCGACGCCAGGAGUGACACCUCUCUGUUAGGCUACUGCAAACCCUCUCUGCCUAGUAGCACACCAGAUCAUCCUUCUGCACGCAAGAGCUUCACAUCCGAGUUUCUUCCGUUUCUGGGUUUUCAUUGGUUGCUGGUGAUUUCAUGUUGCAAAAAUUGGAAUGAUGAUCUCAUCGUCAUAGGAAGUCGAGUAGGCCUUCAGGGCAAUGGAAAAGAGCAAGAAAAGAAAAAUAAAAAAAAAAGUCGGCCGUGGAUAGGUGGUGAACCCAGUGUUUUCGACAAUAUGCCAGCACCAUGACCCUUGAGAAAUUGAUAUACUAUUUAUCAGAACAUUUCCUGUGGACUAAAGAGAACUCUCGAAGCACACCUGUUGAGCAAAAACGAUGUAGCAAGAUCUAUGGCAGCAAGUUCGUCUGCUAGCACACGUACGGAGUGUGCACGAUGUUUAGAAGCUUCAUGCAGCUGACGCUCGGAGACAAGUGGAGACAUCGCUUCCUUCUCUGAGGUUCCUCCAACCUCACCUCCUAGCUGUAGCACUCAGGUUAUGCCCCUGAUGGCUGCCGUCCCAGCUCACGGAACUGGCAAAGGAGGCGGCGGUGGUGAUGGAAAACAUGGCAGCAUGCGACACAUCAGUGCAGCGGAAGGAGGUGGUAGAGGAAGUGGCGACGCUGAUGGAGUUUGCGAUGGUGGGAGCGGGUUCAACAGUGCAGCAGCCACCAUCAGUGUGGCCCGUGGGGCCAGCCCUGAUUAUGGCCUGCUGGAGAUGGAUGAAAACGACAACAGUUUUCCCUGGGGGCUUAUUCAUCACAACGAACUGGCACAGAUGCUCACCAUAGGUCUUGGAAAGACAAUGGUCAUUGACAGCCGGUCGUUUCUAGAGUACAAUACCAGCAACAUCCAGCAGUCUGUGAAUGUGUGUUGCUCCAAGCUAGUCAAACGACGGCUCCAGCAGGACAAGGUUCAUAUUCUGGAUCUCCUGCACCAGACUUGCAAUAUUGGUGCUGACGUUUCAUGGGAUGUGAUUGUCUAUGACCAAUGUACAGAAGACCCAUCUCAGCUGACAGCAGAUAACUUUGUACAGGUGUUGCUACGCAAGCUUAGCACAACAUUCAAUAGUGUGGCCUUCCUUAAAGGUGGUUUCCUGGCAUUCCAAGCUUCUCACUCCAGCCUGAUUGACCACAAGUCGAGUACAUACAGAUGUUCUACCUUGACGUCACUGUCACAACCAUGUAUGCCAGUCAGCAAUGUGGGACCAACUCGGAUUCUACCAUUUCUCUACCUGGGCAGCCAGCAGGAUUCACUGAACCAGGAGUUGGCACAGGUCAAUGGUAUCAGUUACAUUCUCAAUGUAAGCAAGACCUGUCCACGACCCCCCUACAUCUUAGAGGGACAUUUUCAUCGUAUUCCUGUCAAUGAUAAUUACUGCGAAAAACUGUUGCCAUAUUUUCAAGAAGCAUUUCAGUUUUUGGAUAAGGUUCGAGAGGCCAAUGGCUGUGUGCUUGUCCACUGUUUGGGGGGCGUGUCUCGCUCAGCCACCCUGGCCAUCGCAUAUAUCAUGAAACACAUGAGAAUGUCCUCAGAUGAAGCUUACCGGUAUGUUAAAGACAAACGGCCAACCAUUUCUCCCAAUUUCAAUUUCUUGGGGCAGCUACUGGAGUUUGAAAAGCUCAUUCGUAAAGAAGAACAGGAGGAGGUUGCCCGUCGAGAGGCCCUGCGAGUACUUAAAGGCGCUGAGGACUACAGUUUGUCCUGUGAACAGGACAAGGCGAGCCCUGUCAUGAUGGACCUCCACACUACCAGCCCCUCAUCUCCUGGCCCUCGUUCUUCCAGCAAAUCUUUUGUCCUAGAGUCUCUUACCUCAACAGCUUUUUCAUCACCAUUACAGACACUGUCAUUUAAGUUGCCUGAGAACAGAAGCAGCUUAAAUGCAAUGCGCAAUCCAUCAGCUUCUGCUGACAACUUUAAAUCAUUGGACGUGCGUAAGAAGCAGACAGAUCUGGGUUUUUCCUUGCACAAACAGGCCCAUACUGCAUUUGACUCUUCUCCAUUCCCUCGACCAAUAUCGGAGUUGUACCCUGUGUCAGGACCAGCAUCAUUGGAAGACUGUCCGUUUCCUGGUCCCUCUUCACUGAUUGGCUGGCCUGAACUUAGGUCAGCAUGUGUCAGUCAGGGUCCCAGUAGCAGAAGCAGCAGCAACAACACCACAGUCUCAUCUCUCCAAACCUCCAUCAGGCAGUGUGGGGUUGUGCAACCUUUCUGUGAUAGCCUGACCCAUGCUAGUAGCACAGCCAGCACCACCCUGGUGGAGUCCCCUGUGUGCGCCCUCACAGGCUUCCCCAGCCCGGCCGGUGCAUACCAGGACUCCCCUGAGUCCACUUGUCCAAGAACGGGUUUCCCCAGACCUGGCCACCAUGGCAGCAUUGACUCUAAUUCAAAUCGGAUUACUCAAAUCUGUAUGGACAGCACAUGCAGCAGCAUUUCACCAAGGUACACUUCUUUGGAAGAGGAGAAACUCAUCCAUGAAAAGUCUACAUAUCAGCAUAAUACUGGCCCUGACACUGCAACGAUGGCACCUCCUCCUCCUAUUGACAAGCUUAACACCACCACGUCACUUCUCGUGCAGUCAAAGAGGCCGGGUACUUCACAGCUUGGGGCUCGUCAGACCAUUCAGAAGUCAAAACACAGUUUCAGUUUUACAUCCAUGCUCUCCAGCUUCCGACGCAAGCCUCGCCCCCCAACACUACAGCUCGGCUCCCCAGUUGGUCACAGCACAGAGUUGUUGCGAGCUGCUGCUGGGGAGGCUAGGACUCAGCUGACUCCCGUGUCGGAGGCAAUGGAAAAUUGUGAUCUCAGUGUGCCAGAGGAUGAAUCCACAGGCGUGGAUCAGAGGGUGUGUGUCGGGGUUGACCCGGAGUCCAGAAUGGAGCUGCAAGAUUCAAACAGUGUUGUGUUUACGGGAGUGUCUGAUUGCAGCCUUUCCAAUGCAACUAGUAUGACAAUGGCAUCUACUCAAAUUAAUUUAUAUUCAUCUCUGUCAUCAUCAUUGCCAUCAAAAGACAGUUCAUUGCAUGUACAAAAUACCAUGCUUCAGACAAUGUCACUAAAAUUAGACCAAAAACAUUGUGUUUCAACUGUAUCCUCCGUCACAGUUAGUGAUGCUCAGAUGGCUGCAUAUCCAAUUUCAUCCUCGCCAUCUGUUCUCUCAUCAGGGGAUUCCAAUAAAAGAAAAGGAGGUGGAUUUCUGUCCAGCUUUAUCAGCCCUGACAAGCUGGCCAAGACGGAGUCUUCUUUUCAUCACGGGCCAAUGGAGACAGGGGACAGCAAACUUUCCCCUCCGAGGACCCUCAAUUUAGCCCCGAGCCCUGUAAACCGGCUGCGGUUACAUAGUACAGCAAAGAAACCUUCAGGCCUGACGUUAUCAUCACCUACCACAGCCAUGGCCAGGCUGAACUUUAAGUCUCCUUCAGAUGCCUCAAAAGACUUUUGCAGUUCUGUGGCAGCAGCACAGAGCGAGGGCAGGUCCCCAGUCACGGCCCAUGCUACCAACAGCAGACUUGAUUUGGAGGAAUCUGUUAAAAUCUGUGGUAGUCAGAGAGAGUUUAAGCUGUCAUCCUUCCUCACUUGCAGUGAGCAGCUGAUUGUAGGAGAAAAACAGCAGGGUCUUGGGGCAGGAUCGGAUAAUGCAGGAUCUACCACCAAUGUUGCAGCAACUUCUUCUGAACCUCCAGAUAAGCAGCAGUUCAAUACCUCAUCAUAUCCACCAGCUCCUCCCGGAGAUAGAUCUCUGUUGUCAUGUUCAUCCUCAUCAUCAGGAUCAUCGACGUCUCACCCAGAAUGGUCAUCAAUGUCCAAAUCAUCUUCAGCAUCAGCCUCCACAUGGGCCACGUCCUCAUCCAGCCACAGUGAGAUGAGCAGUAGCAGCAGCAUUUCAUCCUCCACAUCGUCUUCGAGGAACUUCAGAGGUCUCGGUGACUUUCCUACCACCUCACUAGAUAAACUAAAUUUCACUCCCUGUUCAGUGCGUGAUAUAGUACAGGAACUGAAGAAUGAGGAGCUGUCUCUCCAGACUGCAGGAUAUUCGCACUCCUCACAAACUGGGGACAGUCAGUCAGCUUCUUCUGCCCUUGAUUCUCCCAUGUCUAUAAGCAGUGGUAGUUCAGCGCCAAGUAUUGCCAGUUCAACUUUGUCCCCAGUAGAGUCAGGCAUGGCCAACCCGUUCUCUGAUGCAGUCACUCAGGGUUCUUCACAAGGCCUCUCUGCCUCGUCCAUGCCCUCUGCUUUCCACUUCUCUCCGGUUGAUAACCUUGAGCCCCCUUCUCCAAACACCAGCUUUACACUGGAUGGCCACAGCGGCCUUAAUGCUCGUGAUAAUCAGUUGAAUGCACAGGGUAACACACAACAGUGUAUACUGUCACCAGAUUCGGCCUCGGGUUAUGCCCUCUCAUCGACCUCCCUCCCUCAGGCAAGUGUGUCUCCCAAGAUGCCAACAGUCUCCUCCCCGCUCUACAGCAGCUGCUCCUCCAUGGAGCCCUUGUCCCCUAUGUCCCUCAGUGAUAGUGCCUCCAGCUCUCCCAUCAGAUCUCCAACUUCCAAUGGAAUAUCUUCCUUGUCCCUAUCUACAGUGUAUUCACCCAUCCCAGUCUCUUCCCCUCUGGCAGUGUCUUCUUCCUUCCCAUCCUCUGUGAUUGCCCCAGCAGCAUCCCUCCACUCCCACAUCCAAAAUAUGUCCUCACCCCUUGCCACAAACCCUUCUCUAAGUACUCCGGCAGCAGCAAGCACCAAAGUUGUCCGAAGAAGAGACAGCCGCAGCAGAAGAGAAAUGGCACGACCCAAUUCUAUCGCCUAUUCCUCCUACCCAACCUGUGACCUGGUCUGUGAAUCUGGCGACUCCAAUACAGUGGCCAUUAGUAGCCAUGACGACGCUAGCGAGGUUUACAUGUCUGUCACUGGAAAAAAGUCCAAGCUGGCUGCACUCACACCAGAAUCUCAGCUACCAAGCGGUCGCACUUCGUGGGGAGGCUACUCAGAACGGGAGGUGUAUCGUCAGAUCUCAGCAGCCAUGGAGAGUGCCAUGUUGCGCACAAGGGCCUACACAUCGGGGGCCCCGUCGGCCAGCAGCAGCAGGUUGGCCCAGUCCAGGGUUUCCUCUAGAAAGGCUCGCAGCUUGGAUGAUAUUCUAGACAGCAGCACAAAUGCUGAUGAGCUCCAGCACAAGCAUCGCGGAGGAGGCCGCUAUCACAGAGCUGCUUGCGGAGAGCAGCUGUUUGAGCCAUAUCGAUGUGGGCUGCGCAGUGGCUCUGAACCAUAUCAGUCUAGUUCGAGCCUCUCCUCCAAUGGGAGCCAUGGCUCCAUCCACAACAGUUUGGAGAUCAUUCAGCUGCCACGCUGAAUGGUAAGUGUUGUGCACUCCCUGCGUCUCCCCUCCCCCUGUUUUCCCUAGGCAGAGCAUUUUGAGCAUUGUUAUUUGCAGUGUCGGUCGACCAACUUCUGUAGAAUCUACGUGUGAUCGCUUUCGUUGGUUACCAAGGCCAAGACCUCUUCGUGGACCCCCCCCCCCCCCAUCCUUCUUUCCGUCACAGACCUCCUUCCACCCCACGUUUUGAAUUUUUUUUAUCUGCUACGAUGGUGAUUCCUCCCUUAAUCCUUUACUCACUAUCUUCUGCUUGUUUCAACGAGUCAUUACACUAGUCGCCGCCCCCCUCUUUCUCCCUCUUUCUCUCUCUCUCCCUCUCUCUCUCUCACACACACACACACACACACACACACACACACACACACACACACACACACACAGGGAGAGAGGGAGAGAGAGAGAGAGAACGAUAGCGAUGUUCCUUGGUAUGCUGUCCCGUAGGGUGCACGGACAAUUCUUAUACAGUGACACAGAAAUGGUUAGUCAUGCUGUAAAUUUGGUAAUUUAAAAAAAAUCGUACCUAUAGAUUGUAACGCAACUUUUCGUUCGCAGAAACCCCAGGGUGCACUCUUAGCCUAGCUUUAGCAUGUUUGUGUGGGUCUUUCUGCAUGCCUGUAUGUUGUCUGUCUGUCUGUCUGUCUGUCUGUCAGUCUGUCUGUCAGUCUGUCUGUCUGUCUGUCAGUCUGU